AUGCUGUCGAAUCUCUCGUUCAUCUUGCUGGCCUCAGUAUGCAUUGUCCUAGGAGAGAAAGGUUACCUUCUUCCAAACUGUCAACUUCCUCUUCAUCACGGAGUUCAAAAAUGCGCAAACACUUCCUCUCUCCGAUUCUAUAUGGAUGCCGAUACGGAGACAUGUUUGGCAUUCAAGUACUCGGGUUGUGGCGGAAACGAGAACAACUUUGACUCGUGGAAUGGAUGCUCGAGGUGUUUUGCAAUGGACUAUUCGGGAUGUCCGAUUGGAUCUAAGUCAAUCAACAAUCUGAAUUCCAACAGCUCCAUCUGUGCUCAUAUCGACAACGAAAACUGCACCGGACCAAACACCUAUUGCUCAAGAGGAGCGUUUUUUGGAAAGUGUUGUGACAAGACAAUCAGAGACAAGGAAAACAGUGACAGAAGUGAGAAAGAAGGAUGUUCUCCAGGAACCAAGAAGGUCACUUACAAAACUGGGGGCGGAUUCUCGGUCACUCUUCUCGGAAAGACCUGCGGAUCUAACUUUUGCCCGCAGAAAUCCACGUGUCACCAAGGCAAUUAUUUCGCUUACUGCUGCGCUGCGAUUUGA